GGCCACACAAGAAAAAACGGCCGCGAAAAUCACCCUCCCUUCCUUCUCGAAGCGUUCGUAGAAAAAUACCGUCUCUCGUCUCGUGUCGCGGUCGCGGAUGCCGGGGUCAAAACCCUCCCCGCCUCGUUCCCGUUGAGCUCGCCGCCGCUAAUAUCCUAACGAACUAACUAACCAUCUCAUCCUCGAGGUAUCCGGCCAAGCCGCCACCGGGGUCACCACCAUCGAGCUCGUAUGGAGCGGAGGGCGCAGCCGGUGUCGGCGGCGGUGGCGCCGGUGACGGGGAGGAGGAAGGGUGCGGCGGCGAGCCGGAAGUGGAUGGUGGUGCCGGCGGUGGGGGAGGAGCGGAGGGUGGAGUUUGGGAAGCACCAGAUCAUGAAGAUGACGGGGCUCCCCGGGCGCGACCUCCGGGUGCUCGACCCGGUCCUCUCCUACCCGUCCACCAUCCUCGGCCGCGACCGCGCCAUCGUCGUCAGGCUCCAGGGCGUCAAGGCCAUCAUCACCGCCACCGAGGUGCUCGUCCCCGACCACGACGACGUCCUCCUCGCCUCCUUCCUCCUCGACCUCCGCUCCCGCCUCUCCCUCCCGGAUGCGGCGCCUAGCACGAAUCCGGCGGCGGCUGAUCGCGGGAACGGGACGGAGCAGGGCGAUCAGGGGAGCGUGCCAGGUCUGGCGAUCAGCGGUGCUGGCAACGCCAAGAUCCCGCCCUUUGAGUUCAAGGUGCUCGAGGUCUGCCUCGAGCACGCAUGCAAAGACUUGGAAUCUCAGACACGCUCUCUGGAGAAGGAGGCGUAUCCGGCCUUGGACAAGCUGGGAUCGAAGGUUAGCACGCUGAACCUGGAUCACGUCAGGAAUCUGAAGAGCCGCAUGGUUGAUCUCUCAGGGCGCGUGCAGAAGAUUAGGGAUGAGCUGGAGCACUUGCUGGAUGACGACAUGGACAUGUCCGAGAUGUACCUGACGAGGAAGCUGUCGUUCCAAGGGCUCAGCGGAUCGCUGAGCAGAGCGGAUUCACACAAGUACGCAUCUGUUGAUCAUGACGACGAUAGGGAGGAGGAAGACCAUGACGAUGAGACAGAGAGUGGCCGUGAAAGUUCUGUUUAUGUUAAGCCUGAUAUAGAAGAGUUGGAAAUGCUUCUGGAAGCUUACUUUGUGCAGAUCGAUGGAACGCUGAAUACCCUGUACCAUAUCCGUGAAUACGCGGACGACACGGAGGAUUACAUCAACAUAAUGCUGGACGAGAAGCAGAACCAGCUGCUGCAGAUGGGCGUGAUGCUGACGACGGCGACGGUGGUGGUCACCGCGGGCAUCGUGGUGGUGAGCCUGUUCGGCAUGAACAUCCACAUCGACCUGAUGAAAGACCCGGAGACCCCCGAGAUGGUGAGGAUGUCCAACAUGCACUUUUGGGAGACCACCUUCGGCACGGUCGCCGGCUGCAUCGCCAUAUACCUCCUGGCGAUCUACGCUGGGAGGAAGAGCAAGAUCCUGCAGUGAUGCUUCCCAACAGAGGAAGCUAAGCGUCAGGUUGCGAGUUCUGCAGCCUGGCUGCGAUUUUGCUGGGCAGUGGCGUAGUUGAUAGGUUGUGUAUGGAUGUGAUGCAUUUUUGUUGAUUUCGUAUGGUGUGGGAGCAAUAAUAAUCGAACGAUCUCUCUCCAUUUCCUGCUCUUAUUAGAAGUUAGCACUUAGCACUACUAUGUUAAAUUUCGGCCAAAGGAACCACUAUGUUAAAUUUCGGCCAAAGGAACCCUUUCAGAAA